AUGUGGAGAUCAGGACCAAGGCAAAUGAACAACUCCGACCGAGCAGGACCGAACACCCGAUGUCAGAAAUGCUUGAAGCUCGGCCAUCACACAUAUCAAUGUUCCAACCCUCGACCCUAUGUAGCUAGACCGUCACGUACGAAGCAACUCACCUCUGGGAAGAUAGGGAGGGACAAGCCCUCGGUUGAGGUGCCGGAGGAGUUCAAGGCGUCUAGUAAAGUUGGUUUGGCAGAUAAGAUCUUGAAAGCAAAGGAGGAAGAGAGGAGGAAGGAGGAAGAGAAGAAGAAGGCAAAGAGAAAUAGGCGAAGAUCAUCCUCAUCAAGCGAUUCAGAUCCGUCAUCGUCAUCUGGCUCAGACUCAGACUCAGAUUCCGACUCGUACUCAUCCGACUCAUCUAGCUCUCGUUCUCGCUCUCGCUCUAGAUCACCUCCACGACGCAAACGAAGUAAACGAUCACCUUCUUCUUCAGGUUCAGACUCGGGAUCAGAUUCGGAAGUUUCGCGUCGUCGAUCAGCUUCGCCUGCGCCUACGUCGAGGAAAAGAAGGUAUUCUUCUGAAUCUGACUCACCGAGGGCAAGGAAACCUAGAAGAAGGUCAAGCACGAUAUCUAGAUCUAGGUCAAUCUCACGGAGUAGGAGCACGUCGGUUUCACCGAAGAAACGCAUCAGGUCGGAAUCCGUUGAAAGUGGACGAUGA